AUGGCUUCCUUUCGGCUGACGAUUGAAGAUGGCAAGUUUCGGGAUGGCCACGGUCGGCAAGUUGUACUACGUGGAAUCAAUGUCGCUGGCGACGCAAAGCUCCCUUCCGAACCCAAUCAACCAUCUCACAUCUCCCAAGACUUCUUUGACGGCGACAACGUCACGUUUCACGAGCGACCGUUUAGCAAAGAGGAUGCCCCAACUCACUUUGCUAGAAUAAAGCGCUAUGGAUUCAAUACCCUCCGCUACCUGUUCACCUGGGAGGCGAUUGAAGCAGCAGGCCCUGGCAUCUACGACGAGCAAUUCAUCCAGCAUACCAUCGAGGUAUUGAGAAUAGCAAAGGCCUAUGGCUUCUACAUCUUUAUGGACCCUCAUCAGGAUGUCUGGUCACGAUUCACCGGCGGUUCAGGAGCUCCUAUGUGGACUCUGUAUGCCUGUGGUCUCAAUCCUCAGAGCUUCGCAGCCACCGAAGCUGCCAUUGUCCAGAACACCUACCCCGAUCCCGAUACUUUUCCCAAGAUGAUUUGGUCGACAAACUAUCAUAGACUGGCUGCGGGUACCAUGUUCACGCUAUUUUUCGCCGGCAAAGACUUUGCGCCAAACUGCAUUAUAGACGGUGUGAACAUCCAAGACUACUUACAAGACCAUUUUAUCAACGCAUGUGCACAUCUGGCAAUGCGGAUACACGAAGCGGGCGAUUUGGAAAACGAGGUCGUUAUUGGCUGGGAGAGCAUGAAUGAACCGAAUAGAGGAAUGACGGGGUACAUCGAUUUGACAGUCAUCCCCAAGGACAACCCGUUGAAGAAAGGCACCUGCCCAACCAUGUGGCAGACUUUCUUGACUGGUAUGGGCAGGGCUUGUGAAAUCGAUACUUGGGAUAUGGGAGGCUUGGGCCCUUACAAGACGGGCACCACCUUGGUCGAUCCUCACGGCGAGAUUGCAUGGUUACCAGAGGGAUUCGACGAUUCCAAGUACGGCUGGAAGCGGCAUCCGGGCUGGAAACUGGGCGAAUGUCUGUGGGCGCAGCACGGUGUCUGGGACAUUGCAACAGACACAAUGUUGAAGAAGGACUACUUCUCCAAAAAUCCCAGAACCGGAAAGACCAUCGAUUAUCCUGAGUUUACAAAUACAUAUUUCAUGGAUUUUUGGAGGAAGUACAGCAAGGCUUGUCGAAACCACCACAAAGACUGCAUCAUGCUCAUGCAAUAUCCUACCUUGGAAUUGCCUCCCCAAAUCAAGGGAACUGAAGACGAUGAGCCGUUGUUGGUCUUCACCCCUCACUUCUACGAUGGCAUCACCUUGAUGACCAAGCAUUGGAACAGCACAUGGAAUGUCGACGUCGUCGGUGUACUUCGUGGCAAGUAUCUGCAUCCAGCGUUUGCCAUCAAAAUCGGAGAGACCGCCAUCAGGAACUGCUUGAAAGACCAGCUGGCGACGUUGCGGCAAGAGGGACUCGACAGAAUUGGCAAUCACCCGUGCUUGCUGACCGAAUUCGGUAUACCGUACGACAUGGAUGAUAAGAAGGCAUAUAAGACGGGGGAUUAUUCAAGUCAAUCUGCCGCACUCGACGCAAACUAUUUUGGCGUGGAAGGGUCCCAAAUCGAGGGACACUGCCUCUGGGUAUACACCGCCAUCAACGACCAUGAACGUGGUGACCAAUGGAAUGGUGAAGACUUGUCCAUCAACUCCAUUGAUGACAAGCUACCGCCUCUGUCUCCUCUUCCCAAGGCCUCACCAGCCAACCAGUCGGCAACAAGCCUUCUCAAAUUGUCAACUAUGAAUAAUAGGGACGCCGGCGACGACGACAGCGUCACACCUGCAAACCUUCAGCGCACCCUCACAACGCCAUCCAUAAGUUCUACCCGCUCAGCAAAGGAUCCCGAGUUGACUAAUGCUCCCGGGUACCGAGCUGCGGAGGCCUUUAUUCGACCAACACCGACAGUGGUGGCGGGUGACGUGUUGUCCACAGGCUUUGAUCUUCGCAAGUGUUUAUACAACCUAAAAGUAUCAGCACCAAAACCUGCAAGCGACGAUGCGCCAACCAUUAUUUUCCUUCCAGAGUACCACUUUCCUAAAGAUCAGGCCGAAGUUACUGUCUCUGCUGGCAAGUGGGAGCUCAGUUCGGAUGACAGCGAGGGUCCUAUGCUUCAGCGCUUGAAGUGGUGGCAUCCGGAUGGGGAGCAGACUCUCAGCAUUCAAGGUGUGGUGAGAAAGCACAAUGUACCAGAAGGAUCAACUGAGGAGGCUGGUUAUCUGGAACAAUGCCAACAAGGCUAUGGCUUCAACUUCGGCAACUGCACAGUUAUGUAA